CCAAUCAUUGUCGUAGAAAAUCCAGCGAUUUGACAGGCCAUUGUUUUGCUUUAAAAAUCCCAUUCAAAUUCUCGACGAUUUCGUUAGUUGUACCGAGUGAUGCCCAAUUCGACGUCGAGAAGAGGACUCCUCGGUUCGAAAACCGCUUGAGCAUCGCGAAAUCCCCGUCUCCUUUAAAGCAGCGCAGCAGUACAACAUGGGCGGUGUGGUGAGUUCCGGCCAAAACAACGACGAUCUGAUCGACAAUUUGCUCGAGGCCGAUUACAUCAAAACCCCUCUGGUCGAGCGGGUGUUCCGCGCCGUCGACAGGGCCGAGUACUUCCUGCCCGAAGGCAGGGCCAACGCGUACAAGGACUUGGCCUGGAAGUACGGCAAUCUGCACCUGUCGGCGCCGUGCAUCUACAGCGAGGUGAUGGAGGGCCUGUGCCUGGCGCCCGGCCUCUCGUUCCUCAACCUCGGCUCGGGCACCGGCUACCUCAGCACCAUGGCCGGCCUCGUGCUCGGCAGCUACGGCGUCAACCACGGCAUCGAGUGCCACGGCGACGUCGUCCACUACGCCAAUCGCAAGCUGGACGAUUUCAAGCGCCAUUCGGGCGCCUUGGACGAGUUCGACUACUGCGAGCCCAAGUUCGUGCACGGUAACUGCUUGUGCCUUACCAGCGAUUGCAACUCGCAGUACGAUCGCGUCUACUGCGGCGCCUCCUGUCCCGAACAGUACGAGACCUACAUGAAGAACCUGCUCAAAGUCGGCGGUAUACUCGUCAUGCCGCUCAACGAGCAACUCGUGCAGUUCAAAAGGACCUGCACCGAUCACUGGGAGGCGCGCUCCCUUCUUCCCGUGUCCUUCGCCUCGCUGGUGCAACCCGUCGAAGGAUGCCAGGAGUGGGUUCAUCCUAUCGAAGUCGAACCGUUGUCGCUGCAAACUUUAUGCCGCGCUACUAUUAGAAACCUGCUGAGGCAGAACAUCGAGCGGGAGCAUCCGCCUGUUAAGAGACAGGUCAAUUACAACAAAGCGCCCAAGAAGAAGAGGGCCUUGAGGAGAUUGGCCGUACCGUUGUUCGAUUCCGAUACGGAUUCGGACGAUGAAAGGAUUUUUGUGAGCGGCGGGAUUAAUGAAAGGAACCGGGAUAACGGCAGGGCUGCGUUUAGAGAAGAACCGGACGGGUUUUUGAAUUUAGUUUUAGGCUCGUUCAGAGAAGGAAGAUACCUGUUUAGCGGCCCUCUUCACGACAGUGACUGCGUGAAUAGCACCAGAGAAAACAACACGGAAACCGAUCAAUCCAGCGAAGACAAUAGAAUGGAAACCGACGCUACGGAAUCCACCGAAGAAACCGUACAAAAACCGGAGAAGAUCAGAACACGAGCCGUUAUAGAACACAAUCCCAGCACCAGCGAGCACAAUACCAACACCACAGCAAACGCGUCGGACGUUCCGAUCGCUCCGCAACAGCAGCCAGCCGAACAGGAAGAGACCGAAUCCAUUCAGAACACGUUAGACGAGAUCCACAACGUCAUCAUCGAUGUUUUUAACGUGUUGAGGCGAGAUCGCGAGGGCGAGGACGCCAUCGAAGAGGACCCGGUCGAACAGCACGAUGGAAACGAAGCAACCGCAGAAGAUGCUAGCGAAGCGCGCCGAAGCGGGCCCAGCAACUCGAAUCUACCGCAGGCGAACGUAAACAGUCGCAACAAGAAGAAGAGGGAGAAAUUCGAUAGCGGUUUGGGCGACGAGAUCGUGGAGAAUCGCAGCGAUUCCUCGUCGUCCGAUGACGACGAUGAUGAUAUCGGAGAAGAUAUGCAAUCGAGCAGCGGCGACGAUUCGGGACAGAAGCGCACCAAGCGGGCGCAGAAAUCGGAAACGAAGAGCAACUCGUCGUUGAAGUGGCGUCGCAUCGAGUCCGAAAUUCACACGAUGGUAGACAGCAGCAGCGAGAACGAGAACGAAGAGGAGCAGAAGUUCGACGACGAGAUGAAAAUGUACAAGAGCCCCUACACCGAACACAUGAAAUCCAGGAUACAGCAAUUGCCGUUGCCGACGAUAUUGAAGAGUUACCUCAAUUAUUAUAGAGAAUUCUAAUUCGGAACGGCGGAUGGGCGUCAGUAGGGGUCGGGGUUUGGUGCUUGUGCCAAAAUCUUUGGUGUUUACUCGAAUCGGAGUUUUAUAUAUAUACAUAUUUUUUAAGUUAAGAAAAUUUAUAUUUUAUUUGAAAUAUCCUUAAUGAUGUUCUGUAUAAAUACGUGAAUUGUAGCUCUAUAGCUUAGAUUAAAGUGGUGUGAUUUAUUUGAAAUAUACACUAUAGAGUGUUGGUAGAAUUUUUGUAACUCGUUACAAAGUAAAUUUCCAGUACUCGACUCUAUUUCAUGUUUCAUGCGAGAAAG